AUGUCACGUUUUUCACGCGACUACAAACCAACCAACCACACAGAUGCCUUUGCUUCAACAUUCCCAACGGUGUCUCGCACGCCACGUGACCCUGAAAUCAUGUUGAUGCAACAAUCAAAUCAACAAGAGAAUGGCAAAUCUAAGCUAUUUCACGAAAUGCCCUGUAAUUCUUCUCCUUUGUCAAAUCCGCCCCCUGAGUCACUUAGCGGCGCCGAUAUCGCAAAGUUGCCUCUACUUCUCGAAAAAGUGAUUGCCGACAGUCUUCGGGGGUAUUUGUAUCAAAAUGCGAUCUUCUACGCGGAGCGGCUCUAUGAUUUGGUGCCGGAUUACCGAAGUUUGCACAUCUUGGCGGACUGCUAUGUGCAGAGCGGCGACGUCGACACCGCCUGUCGGUUGCUGCGCAGCUAUUACCCCUUCUUUGAGGUGCACGUGAAUCGUCCAUCCAGCGCAGGGCCCCUUCCUGUGCAGCGCUCCACGUUUAGAGGCGACGGUGGGGGGGGGAAUCCCUCCGCUUCGGCCGCACCGGCAGCGGGAAGUCCACCACAACAUCGCUUUUCCUUCAUGAUUCCAGGCCGUGGUCAUAUUGGCUCCUCUAAAGCAACCCCUCUGGAUUCCCGAACAGCACUGCAGCAUGACAGUGAUGGUCAACCCAUUCUUUUACACCUCCCCGUUGAUAUUCAACCUCGGUGGGAUUGCCAAUACCUCUUUGGAGUGUGUUGCUGCCGCACGCAGUGCUAUGCCGAGGCAGGAAAGGUGCUCGAGGAGCUUCUCCGCAUCUCUACCAGAUUUCUAGAGAGCUCGGAGCAAUGGCAGGGCAGAGGGAAAGGGGCUGCGCAAGAGGCGGAGGAAUCUGGAUUGCCGGCGCAUGGUCUGAGCGCCAAUGCCUGGGGGGGCGCCUCACGCGUUUCGGCGUUGCCCCCGUCAGGUUACCACGCGAUUCAGCAGCAUCUUCCUGGGCUGCGGUACUGGCUGGGCGUCAGCGCGAAGCAUCGCUGCCUUGACCACGCCCCCGGCCUCUUUAAACGAGCUGCCGAGGCCAAUCCAUUCCUCUUUUGCGCCUUUGAGGAGUAUAUCAAGACGGUGUUGAAGCCUCACGAGGCCUGUUUGACGGUAUUUUCUGAAGGGCAUGAAGAGGUGGCGCAGGAGGAUGUAGAGGUGCCCGUGGGGACUCGGGAGGCAACGGGAAGCGAAUCGCAGCAGCGAAGGACGGGGGAUGGGCUCUUUAGCUAUGGCAGGGGUGCGACUCACAUCCUGAAGAAAUUUUUGAUGCCGUUUGCCACCGUCACUUACCACCUCGGUGUUUACAACUGUGCUGCCACGCAACGCUACAUCCAUGAUUUUCCGCAAAACUUAGCUCCGGCUGACACUUCCGCUUGGCUGCUUACACAGCAUGCCUUAGCCUUCUUUCAUGACGGUGACAUGCAAGUCAGUGCGAAUAUCUUUCAAACGCUGCUCAAAGCGGUCCCAUGGCGCCUGAAUGACGCCGCAUUGGUGCUCUACAGCACGGCACUUUGGCAACUUAAAGCUGAGAGCACUCUCGCGGCGCUUGCGCAGACACUUAUGGAGCAACUACCAUUUUCGGCAAUAACGCUUUGCAUCGUUGCGAAUACUUACAGUCUCGCGAAGGAACCCAGACAGGCUCUUGAAAUGCUGGAGCGAGCAAUUCUCGUGGAUCCCUUUAUGGCAUAUGCGUACAAUUUAUGUGGCUACGAGCUUCUCUACCUGAAUCAAAAAAAUGAAGCCGCUGAAGCUUUCAAAAAUGCAAUUUAUCGAGAUCGCCAUCUCUACGUUGCCUACGCAGGAUUAGGAGAGCAAUAUGCACGAGAUGGCAACAUUAUAUGGGCACGCGAGUACUUCCAGAAAGCCAUCCUCAUCAAUCCGCUUCCGGCCGUGCUGAACCGCUACGCUGCGACGUUCCAUCGCCACAGUGCCGCGCGUGAAGAUCUUGAAAAGGCAUACACCUUAUACACAGAAGCGAUCACGCGCCACUCUCGUAAUUUGAUGGCGCAACAUCAACGAGCAGACGUUCUGUUGCUUCUCGGAAGAAUGGACGAGGCGCAUGCACAGCUUCUCGAGCUGAUCCGGACGUAUCCGAAUGAGGCAAUGCUCUACAUAUCUUUAGCUAAGUGUGUGCAGUUGAUGGGAAUGCCUGACAAAGCGGUCAUGUAUUAUCAGAAGGCCAUGACAAUAGAUCCGCGUCAGGAAGGUUAUGUGAAACGCUGCAUUGAGAACCUUGUUUCGGAGACAAGUGAUCAUGUGUGA